AUGGUUGCUCUUAUAGAGUACAACACGAUGGGACCAAAGCAGCCCGCGAAGGACUUCGACUGGGGCUAUCUCAUACAGCCGGACAAGAGUCCCUCGCCGAGGCUAGAGCAGCUGUGCCUGGGGCUCGCAGGUGUUAUCUCUGAACUCGACCCUUCAUCUUCUACAAAGGAGCUUACCCCUGAGAAACUGGCUGCCUUUUAUCGUGCUGUAGGAGGAAACUAUGAUAGUUUGUUUCUGAACACUCCCAGUGCCUCUCUUUCAUUUAUAUACCAGUCUCUAGGCUGCUUUCAUACCCUCCAACCGACCAAGAAUGCCUUUGAAGCACCGUCUAUUCCAGCUUUGCUGCCACAUGGCUAUAUCCGAUGGCAAACAAUCCAGCUCUUGCUCUGCCCCGAAGAACACACCCCUUUUCUCCAGAGAGCAGUGGAAAUGUUUGAUAUAGUUGACGUCCAUGAAGGAUACUUGCUUCCCAAGACCAUUCCCGCGUCUGCUUUCCCCACACAGCCAGAUCCUGACAUGGUUAAAUGGCAUGAGACCGUCAGUAAUCGUCUAGAACUAGAGUCUGCUGCCACUACUCCACAUACACGGCCGCCUGGUAAUGCGCCUCCUCCGUCAUGCACACGGGGGACUCGCCAGUCAAGAAACGAGGAAGAUGGUGAUUAUUUCAACCGGAGUCACUACUAUUCACCCACCGGUAGAAAGGGGGCCACUGCAUCGAGACAAGGCUCUAGAGAACCUCAUAGCCGUAUCCCACGUCCUUUACGGUUUACUGAGGCAGCCGACUAUACUGGUGACACCGGGCCCAAGACAGCCGGCUUCGAGCGUCCUGCAUCGGCCUCUCGAUCCAAGACAUCAUACCAUUAUCGUGGCCAUUCCAGCCCACCGAGUGCAUAUAGGCGGUCAUGGGCACACCCCGAAUCAUCAGAUGGUGACGACGAAGGGGUUGCUAUCGCUGAAGAUAUUCACGCACAUCAUCAUAAUCAUCAUCAUCAUCAUAGCCGGAUGGGUGAACCACGACACCACGACCACGGACAUUCUGUCCACGAAGAAAUAUUCCCUUCUCGCUCCUCCCACGUACGACAUCAUUCUCACGAAUCCAUGCAUCGCCAUCGACAACCCUCACAUAAGCCCAUGCACGAGUCACCAAGGAGGAGAAUAGACGAGGAGGAACCUGAGAUCUACUACUCGUACCCUCCGCCCAAACACAUCCCCGAAAUCAAACCAACAACGUAUGACGACAGUGCAGCAAAUGCAUUCCCUUCACCAAAGCACCAUAGCCACCAUUUUCACCCUAGAUAUGUUGACCUGUUCGAUGACGAUGGCAUGAUCAACUUCAGUCACUCCACUCCCAGCUCUCACCGCGGCUCAAGGUCCAGCAACCCAGCGGAGAACCCUCGCAUGUCUCCUCCGAUAUCCCCUACCACGACAACUGAUCAGUACAGCGAGCCAAUGCACCCAGAUCAUCGAUCACGCUUGCACCGUCACCAAUCCCUUCGUGAGCCAAGACAACGGAAAACAAGGGGGAGACGGGGCACUGAGAUGCGUCCUCGCUCUCACUCUCGCGGGUCCCCAUCUCGUCGUCAGCAUCAUUAUUACCAAGACUACAGGCAUGCAGAUGACCUGAUACAUUCGUCUCGAAGUGCACGAGAGCGAGAGCGAGAGCGAGAACGAGAACGAGGACGAGAGCGAGAUAUAGAACGCUCCCGGUCCCGUCCACGACGCGGCGAGGACGAGACGUGGAGUGAGAGUGAUAGCAGCAUCGACAUUUCGGACGACGAAUACGCUACAGCUGCACAAGCACAGGCACAAGCACAGACACAAGGACAGCCGCCGUCAUCAGCAUACGCUGCUCCUCCAGCACCAAUGCCUCCUACCGCCGGUCCAAUACCGAUCAUUAAUUCCAGCGGCGGUCAGCGGGAGACCAGCAGACGAGCGAAAUAUGCCGCAAAACUGGAGUCUACUAUUAAAAACGGGCUGAGGAACAGCUCCGGCAGUAGUAAGGAGAAGAGAAGGAAGAAUAGGAGCAGUGGUGAAGGACAGUAUGGUAGUUAUCCAGGGGGUAGGCCACGUUCUCGGUCUACGCAUCGGAGGCGAAGUUAA